GGGGGCCGCAGGUGCUCUGCGGGGGCGCAACAUGGCGCGGGGAGCGCGCGCGCCCGGGCGCUGGUACCUGUCGGUCGGUGGCAUCCUGCCGCGCCUCGCGCCGCUCCCGCUCCUCCUGCUCCUGCUGCUCUGCGCGCCGCUCGGGGGCGGCCAGAAGAAGAAGGAGAAUCUCUUAGCUGAAAAGGUGGAACAGCUUAUGGAAUGGAGCUCAAGGCGCUCAGUUAUCCGCAUGAAUGGAGACAAAUUCAGAAGAUUUAUAAAAGCUCCGCCUCGUAACUACUCCGUGAUUGUGAUGUUUACUGCUCUGCAGCCACAGAGACAAUGUUCUGUUUGCAGGCAAGCUAAUGAGGAGUAUCAAGUUUUGGCCAAUUCAUGGCGCUAUUCAUCUGCCUUUUCUAACAAAUUAUUCUUCACUAUUGUGGAUUAUGAUGAAGGAGCAGAUGUUUUUCAACAGCUCAACAUGAACUCUGCUCCAACGUUCAUGCAUUUUCCUCCAAAAGGUAAACCCAAGAGAGCUGACACCUUCGACCUGCAGAGAAUCGGAUUUGCAGCAGAGCAGCUAGCUAAGUGGAUAGCUGACAGAACAGAUGUUCAUAUUAGGGUAUUCAGGCCUCCGAAUUAUUCAGGUACUAUUGCACUGGCUCUUUUAGUGUCGCUUGUUGGUGGUUUGCUGUAUUUGCGAAGAAAUAAUUUGGAGUUCAUCUACAACAAGACUGGUUGGGCAAUGGCAGCACUGUGUGUUGUGUUUGCUAUGACUUCUGGUCAAAUGUGGAAUCAUAUCCGUGGACCCCCAUACGCUCAUAAGAAUCCUCAGAAUGGACAAGUGAUUCCUCAGGGACUCCCAGAAGUUGAUUGCUUCCAGAGUUGCUGCUAUAUGUCCCUGAUAUUUGUAUCAGGAAUUGCUGGUAUGAGAGGGAGGAAUCUCUUUAUUGGAAAGCAGUGACUCGAAGGACUUGGGGUCAGAGCAGUUACCAGCUCUGCAUGAACACUGUAAUGCUAUGUCAAAAGGACUAAUACAAUCCUUGUAUAUGUAGAGCAGGGGUGUCCAACCUUUUUGAAUGUGGGGCCAGAUCAGGAACUUUUUAUCAUCCAGUGGGCCGGCAAGCCAUAUUCAAAGACCUCACAGGAAGUGGUAUCACAUCAGGAAAUGAUGUCAUGUGACCUUUGACACAAAUGAAGUUGCAGGAAGUGACAAUGAAAUGGGUCUGGAAAUGUGGUUUAAAAUCCAAAAUAAAAACAAUAUAAAAGCAAGAAUGAAAUAAUACCAAACACUUGACUAAAAUAAACACUUUAACUUCUACUCACUUCUCAAUGAAUGAAAGAAGAAUAAUGCAAGUCGACAGAUCAAAUGUUGAAAAGAUAUCAGCCAGAGUGGAAACUAAUCAAAGCAACAAAGUAUGGGCAUUUUUGAGAAUCUUCAAGAAGAUUUACUUUUAUUGAAUUAAUAACUAGUUAUGACUAAAUGUUACAUAAUAAAACCCUGGUUUUAAAUGUUGACCCUAAUUUAAAUAGCAAUAUAAGAAGGGCUUGUCACCAUCAUCCAGUCUUAAAAUAAAUUGCCCUUUUCUACACAGAGAUUGAUGGCAACAUGAAACUUGACUGUUAGGGAAGCCUAUCCAAAGAUAUAUGCUCCCUUCACACCUCCCUACUCAUUCCUACAGGUGUUCCCAACACCCCCUCUUCCCCUCCACACACACAUGCUCCCUAUACCCUUCUCUACAUGCACCCCCUAUUCAUCCCUACACCCACUCCCAGCCCCUCCACAUCACUAUGAACCCCCCCCCAAGACAUACUCCUUGUUGACCCUUUCACCCCAAACCUGCCCUCACAUACAGACCCCUGCACCCACACCCAACACACAUACAGGCAACCAUUGCCCACAAAAUUUCAAGGGACCCACAUGCAGCCUCUCACCCUCAUAAGAUUCCAGAGAUUCAAUUGCUGGCAGCCUGCUUUUGAGCAAAGUGCAUCUAGUGUAGUCAUCACAAUGCACCAGACCAGCAGCUCCCACUUUUAAUAAGGGUUGGGGCAUUAGGAUCCCCAGUUGUGGCUGGACUCAGAUCGCCUCUGGGCCAGGUUCCUCCUGCCUCCCGCCCAGCCUGGCUCUGGUAACCGUGCGCCCUGCAGCCCCAGCCCAGCCACGAGGCGCCCCCAGUUCUGCACAGGAACUUACCCAUGCCUCUGACCACCACGCACGCGGGCAGGGCGCAGGCCAUGCUGCAGGUCCCCCAGCCUUGCACCGGGAGCAAGGGGUGGAAGCCAGAGAAAAAUAUGCAUGUGCUGUCCUCAGCUCAUCUAAU